UACUGAUCUUGUGUUUGCCCUGAACUCAAUCUGUCAUCAUGUUUUCGGCUCUCCUGAAGUUAGACCUGGCCUUUGCGGGCAUGACUCUUAUCCUAAGCUUGAUUUUUAUGUUUCUGCUUGAGAUCUUCAGGAUUCAUUCAUUCAAAAGUCGAUUUCCACCUGGUCCAUCACCUCUGCCUUUUGUAGGAAACCUGCCAGUCUUCUUGAAGAACCCAAUGGAGUUCAUAAGAUCUUUGUCUCAAUAUGGAGAAAUGACCACCAUAUAUCUUGGAAGAAAGCCAACAAUAAUGCUCAAUACAGUUCAGCUUGCUAAAGAAGUCCUGAUUCAGGAUGCUUUUGCUGGAAAACCAUCUCUGCCUGUUCUAGACUGGGUAUCUAAUGGACUCGGUAUUGUGAUGGUCACAUUUAACCACUCCUGGAGGCAGCAGAGACGGUUUGCUCUGCACACGCUCAGAAACUUUGGUCUGGGGAGGAAAUCAGUAGAAAGUCGUGUGUUAGAGGAAAGCCAAUAUCUGAUUGCUGAAUUGCUUAAAAAGAAAGGAAAAUCAGUGAAUCCCCAUCAUGCCCUACAGAAUGCUUUUUCCAAUGUUAUCUGCUCCAUCGUGUUCGGCGAUCGUUUCGAUUACGAUGACAAACGCUUUGAACAUUUUCUGGAAAUCCUGGGUAAAAGCAUGAUACUUACAGGAUCAACAGCAGGACAGAUUUUCAACUUCGCCCCCAUUAUCAAGCAUUUCCCUGGUCCACACCAGAAGAUCAAGAAGAACGCCGAUGAGUUAUCAGGUUUUUUUCAACAUGAAGUUAAAGAACACAAAAAAACUCUGGAUCCAGGCAGUCCACGAGACUACAUCGAUGCCUAUCUGCUGGAGAUGGAGAAACAAAAGUCCAACAAAGACUCCACUUUUCAUGAUGAAAACCUGAUUGGUUCAACAACUGACCUGUUUGUGGCUGGAUCUGACAGCACAGCGACCACUUUCAGAUGGGGACUCCUCUUCUUAAUACAAAACCCAGACGUACAAGAGAGAUGCCAUAAGGAGAUUGUUCAGGUUCUGGGUUAUGACCGCUUGCCCAGUAUGGAAGACCGUGACAGACUACCGUACACACUCGCCACUGUUCACGAGAUUCAGCGAUGUGCGAACCUUGCACCUUUUGGGUUGAUUCAUGAAACAAUUCAGCCCACAAAACUACAAGGAUACGACCUUCCUCGGGGAACUACAAUCAUAGUAAACCUCACAGCAAUUUUCAGCAAUAAGGAAAACUGGAAGCAUCCCGACACAUUUAACCCAGAGAAUUUCCUGGAUGAGAGCGGACAAUUCAGCAAGCAUGAGUCUUUCAUUCCAUUUUCCCUGGGGGUGAGGGUCUGUCUGGGUGAGACACUGGCAAGGACGGAGCUCUUCUUGUUCAUCACGGCUCUCCUACAGAGGAUUCGUUUCUCCUUGCCACCUGAUGCAAAGCCCAUGGACAUGGAUGGAAUCUUGAGUGUGUUGCGCUAUCCUCAAAAUUUUAGCUUUAUCUGCUGCAGUAGAGACACCAAAGAAUGACCCGAAACAUAUCACGUCAUCACAUAUAGAGGAAAAACAAUGAAAGCACAGCCGUUGAGACACCCAAGAGCACUUUGGCUCAUCUAUAUCAUUCUGAUAAUAAAGGUCACAUGGUCAAGGAAAUGAUUCGUCCUUUUCUCAUAUUAAUUAAAGUAGAAUUAAUAUUAUCAUGUUGUUUUUUCACUUCGUUUAUUUUGUAUCUAAUUCAGUCGUAACCGUUGCAAAAUAUUGUUAUUAAACCUUUUCAUUUGAAGUG